AUGACAAGACCCAUGGUGCCCGAAUCUAUUGUGAGUUUGAAAGCAAAAGUGUGUAAUCCUGUGAAAUGUAGGAUUUAUUGUGAAUUUGGAUACAGCAAAGACGACCAUGGGUGCGACAUGUGCAAAUGUAAGGGAAAUCCAUGCGACUUCAUCCCUCCUUGCCAUGCUCAGACCCAGCUAAAGAUACAUUUGGAAAUAUCACGACAUGUAGCAAGGUCGAUGGCAACUCUAAAUGUCCCACUGGCUACGGUUGCCGGAAAUCUGUGUGAUUUCCCAUCAUUUUGUUGUCCAUCGACGCGAUGCCAAUACGGAGAUGAGAUCUACAAGAACGGAGAUACAUUUCCCUCUCUUGACGGAUGUAACACAUGUUUUUGCAUGAAUAACGGAGAUAUCGGAUGUACUGAAAUGGAGUGUCCCAAGAAAGGUUGUACCCAUAAUGGAAAGAACCAGGUACACGGGGAAAAGUUUCCCCGGGGUGAUGGAUGUAACACCUGUACAUGUGGAAAUGGAGUUGUAAGCUGCACAGAUACAGACUGUGCUCACUGUAAGCGAGCUGAAAUCAUAUAUCAAGUUGAUGAAUACGUCGAGAAUGGAUCAUGUGCGCUAUGUCACGAUAGCAAAUACGUUGAAAAAAAUAUACCUGAAGAAGUAGAUACAAUGAAGGUUGUUCACACACUUAGCCUCUUGUGUGCUAUUUUCGGGUACCUCUUGUCUCAAAGCCAAGUCAUGGGUGCAGACCAUGACAAGGAUUCAGACCAUGAACAGGAGGAUCCCUUCCUAUUUGGAGUUGAAGGUGCUUGGCCACCAUACUCUUACCAAGAUGAGGCUACAGGAAAAGGCAUUGGCUUCCUCCAUGAUGCAGUGAGAGAAGUGUGUAAAGUUGCUGGCAAGAAUUGUGGAAUUGUGUACUCAAUGUCAAAUCUAGAGAAUUGCUAUAACCCUGAAAAACUGUCCGGAAAGGGAUUGAAUGACAGACACUUUGGAGCAUGCCUUGGAUGGACUGCCACGAUGCCAAGAUGGAAUGUCUUUAACUUCUCUUCACCCAUGCUAGAUAUCACUCCUGCCCAGAUCUACGUCAAGUCGGAUUCUGGUAUCUCUUCUGUUGAUGCCCUUGAAGGAAAAACGUUUGGUUUUCGUCAGUUCUGGUACAUGGAUAAGUUCUGCAUGCGACACUCUGGUUUGGCAAUAGAUGAUGAACAAGUGAAAGAGAUCUUUGCAGAAAAUGGAUGGGAAGAUGUUGCCAAGGCCCUGGAUGAUGGAAAGGUUGAUGCCGUGGUACUACCCGACGGUCAUGAAUUAGCACGGGAAAAGAACCUCAUGCCUUUGGUUACAGCCGUGGAUUGCUCAUAUGGAGGCGCUACGGGUCUCAUGCACAGGAAGGACGUUGACACUACAUGGUUCAGCAAGGCUCUGCGAGAGGUUAAAGAGGGCUUUGCAUAUUCGGAUUUAUGCAGAAAGUGGAACGUGCAGAACUGUUGCCAGUAAAU